CUGCACUUUACUGACCUUUUCUGUCAUUAAGCGGACUUCACUGGACUAUAGUGGACUCUAACGACCUUCACAGAACUAACGGGCUAGUUCUGCUGGGUUUCAUUCAUGAAUUUGUUUGAAAGAUACCGGAGAAAGGUGUUUGUGCGCUACAACCUGGGGCCAGGUGUUCCCGUGGAGAUGCAGGAGGAGGCAAGUGUUGCCCAGCUAAAGGAGGUGGUGGGCAGUCAGCAGGGGGUACCACCGGAGCAUCUCAGGGUGCUUUUUGCCGGGAGAUCCUUGAGAAGCAACGCUAAGCUGCAGGAUUGUGACCUCCCAGAGCAGAGUACCAUCCAUGUAGUCCUGCCCCCAUCAGGUUCUCCCUCCUCCCAGCUGGGCCUCUUGCAGGAGCGACUGGCUCGAAAUGGGGAGGAGGAACUAGACAGUUUGACCAGGCUGGACCUCAGCUCCUCACGCCUUCCUUCCACCUCCUCUGGCCUGGCGGUGGUCUUAGAGUCUGGGAGUGAGGGAGGGGAAGGUGUCAGAGAUGUAGAGGGGGCAGGAGAGGGGGCCCAGGCUGCUUGUUCGAAAGGCUCACGGGUCUGCAGUAUGUUCUUUGUGUACUGUAAGAGCUGCAGGUCAAUCCAACCUGGGAAACUGAGAGUACGCUGCAGCUGCUGCAAACAGACCACACUGACACUGAGCAGAGGUCCGUCCUGUUGGGAUGAUGUCCUCAUACGAGGUCGUAUUCAUGGCAUCUGUCAAACAGAAGACUGUCAUGGCAACAUUGCGGAGUUCUACAUGAAGUGUGCGGCCCAUCCGACCUCCGAUGACGAUGUCUCUGUAGCCCUGGACCUCAUCAUGACCAACAGCAGAGACGUCCCCUGUAUCGCCUGCACAGACAUCAUGGACGCGGUUGUAGUCUUCCAGUGUUUGGAGCGUCAUGUGAUCUGUCUUGACUGCUUCCGCCUUUACUGUCAGACACGACUAAACGAGCGCCAGUUUGUGUAUCAUCCUGUGAUUGGCUACUCACUUCCAUGUGCUGCUGGGUGUGAUGACUCUCUCAUUAAGGAGUUGCAUCAUUUCCGGAUUCUGGGUGAAGAUCAGUAUGGGCGUUACCUGCAGUACGGAGCAGAAGAAUGCCUGCAGGAGAUUGGAGGACUCAUGUGCCCAUCACCUGGCUGUGGGGCAGGGCUUGUCCCAGUAGAGGGCAGCAGAAGGGUGGAGUGUGACCGACAGCUGGGAUGUGGUUUUGUCUUCUGCAGAGACUGUAGGGAAGUGUACCAUGAGGGGGGUUGUCACACAGAACCCGCCCCACCGCCAGGUGAAGCCGCUCAGGGUUUUGUUGUUGAGGAGGAGGCGUCCCUCAGAGGGAGGUGGGAUAGAGCCUCCCUGCUCCUGGUGCAGGAGACAACUAAACGCUGUCCCAAGUGUUCUGUUCCUGUGGAGAGAAAUGGUGGCUGUAUGCACAUGCAGUGUCCUCUGUGUAAAGCAGAGUGGUGCUGGCUCUGUGGAGUCGCCUGGAACAGAGAGUGUAUGGGAAACCACUGGUUUGGAUAGCAGACAGUCAUCAGAGUUGUUCAUCCACACUUCAGCUUAAAGGAGGAAUCAAACCACGGACUCUGACCGCACAGCUAUGAAAACAAACUCUGAGGAUGGAGUCAUGAAUGAUUACUGCAUCUCUGUGACCUGGAGAGUUUAGAUUUACAGACAAAACUGUUUUAAUGUUUAUCUGAACUCCAAAUAUUAUCAAAAGACGUUUUAUUUAUUAGCAGUAAAUCAGUGUGACAACACAAUAUUGCUGUCAAGAUUUUUUCUUGUUUUUAAUGCAAAAUUCUCCUCUUUCCUUUUUCUUGUAAAUCAACACAAGGCACAGUUCAGUUUUUCACAGUCCCUAUUAACCAUUCCUCUGAAAACCUUCUCUAAACUGUGAACUAGACCCCAAGACACUUGAACUCCUUCACCUGAGGCAGAGCCACUCCCCACCUGGAGGAAACUAUCCACCGUUUUCCGGCAGAGAACUAUGGCCUCGGACUUGGAGGUGCUGUUUCUCAUCCCGACUGCUUGGCACCCAGCUGCAAACUGUCCCAGUGCCUGCUGGAGGUCCCCACUGAGGAUGGGUUGGAUGAGAAAAUAAACACUAAAGUCCGAUUUUACCUAACAGUUUCAAGUAUUCCACCCCUCGGAUGUUUUACCCUUUAUUGAUUUUAUAAAUCAAUCAUGGUCGAUGCAAGUAAAAACCUCUUUAAUGUCAAAGUAAAAACAGAUUUCUUCUAAGUAAUGACAA